CGGAAGUGCUCAAGUUGGUGAAACACUUACACGCUUUGUCUUCCGGUGCUCAUUUCUGUCAAAAAUGGCCCGUCCCCUGCCAUUUAAAAUCACAGUUGUUUCUACUGUUUUGUUUGCCGUGUGUACGAGUUUUGUAGGUUGUAAUAAUGGAAGAAGAGUUGGCGAUGCCAUGGACACUGAAUUUGGUGGUUUCUCCGUACCACUCGAACACUCAUUUGAAGUUGAUGAUGUGGCAAAGUUCAGAUUCCGUGGGUCGCUGCUGUUGAAGGCUGGAAGGGAGCCGAGUGUCUCCCUCACUCCCAGCCAGCUGUCUGAGGAGGACCGAGCCAAGCUGAAGGAAGUGGCUGCAGUGGACGGACUCUACAGAAUCCGAGUGCCCCGUGUGCUGCUGCAGGCAGACCGCCAGACGGAGCGCCAGCUGGAAGGUCACCUCACGGCGUUUGUCAGAGCCUGUGCCAUGGUCGAGUCCCAUCUGAGCGACGUCAUCCACCUCCACACCGACGUCUCUGGUUACCUCAUCGGCGUUUCCAUAGUGACGUUACCGGGAGCCUGCAGGGGCACCGAGGUUGAAGACGAAGUUGACCUUGAGGUUUUUAACACCACGCUCAGCGUCACGGCUCCUGUCAAUGCACCGGGACCCGAGACGGCUCUCUUCCUGGAACGAAUGGAACAAGAAUCUGAGAAGAAAGGGAAGAAUCCACAGGAGCAGAAAUCGUUCUUUGCUAAAUAUUGGUAUUUGAUUCUGGGAGGGGCAAUCUUCCUCAUGGUGUCCAACUCAGCGCAGCCCCCAGCAGGGGGAGGCAGAGAGCAGAGCUGAUUCCCACUGAAUGGAUGUACAUCGUGCCCCUCGUUCUGUUCCUCAUGAUGUCUGGCGCUCAGGACCAAUCGGGUGGAGGAGCCGGAGGCGGAGCAGCCAAUGGAGGUGGCCGAUGAUUAACAAGCGAAACGGCUUCUGUUUCUUUUCUUUUUUUUUUUUUUUUUUUAAAUUGUGGAACAUUUCCUGAACAAUAGUUCUCUUGAGCCGGUUUGAACUGCUGUACAUAACGUUAUUUAAGUAGGAUGAAAAAAUGUCUGUCAAACACACAAUUUAAAAUUGUACAGCACAAAGGAGAAAAUUGUGCUCUGCAAAAGACAACAUUUUUAUUACUAAUGUGAAAAUAAAGUAUUUAUUACCUGA